GCUAGUGUCCUUUGAGCGCGCCCAGCAUCCAUGUCUACCUCUCUGACGACUCCUCAGCAACCUCGCAGUGACCCAAAAGCUAAGGAUCGAGACCGUGAUGAAGAUGGUGAGAAUGACGCUGCGCCAUCUGGGGGCGCGUCGCGUCCUCCGACAAAGCGUGCACGUAAAGCAAUCAACUGCACUCCUUGUCGUACCAGUAAGCUAAAGUGCGACAAGGCUCGUCCAUGCUCAUCAUGCGUGCUGAGAGGUACUGCAUCACAAUGUUAUACUGACAGCAAAGACGAAACCAGUUACCGUCGUAAUGGGAUCGAUCCUCACAACGAGAUUGCACGAAUGCGCCAGUCACUAGCAACUCUAGAAGCGUACGUUGUUCGUGGUCCUAGCUCGCGCCCGGCAGAGUUAAGCUCGGCGUCAUCAUCGAAAGACCGGAAUACAUUGCCAAAACGUGAUAACCUAGGCGGAGUGCUGAAACAAGAAGCGGACGCAGAUGCCAUGGCUGUACCUGGUAUGCUCGCUGAAAGGGGAAAAGGGGGCUUUUACGCAGGCCCCACAUCCGCCGCGACGCUUCUGUAUUCAUUGAAAACUGCUAAUGAUGCGCGCGAUGGGAACGAGGAUGCCGAGCGCGCAUCUGCUUCUGGCUCUAAUGCGGAUUCGGACGUGGACGACGUGCCGACCGACAUCUCGCGUGGAUUCGAUGACGAUCUUCUUGCGCAGCUGCCUGCGAUUCACGUUAUUGACGGGCUAGUCGACUAUUAUCUGAACUUCUGUAAUUGGAUGUACCGCCAUGUCUAUCCACCAACAUUCACCGCGUCUUGGAAUCGCUUCAAGGAUUGUGCAUCCGCAGAUCGACUCAUGCUUGCGACACUUGCUGCUGUUAUGGCUGUUGCAGUGCGGUAUCUAUCCGAGCAACAUGCCUUGCUUUCGGCUCUUUCCACUGGAACGCGAGAGGAGAUCGGAGAGCGAUUUUACAUGGUGGCAUGCGAGGCUCUCGCAAGAUACCGAGCAGAGAGUCGCGUUCUCUCACUUGAGCUCGUCGAAUUGCUGCUAAUCCGCACGCACUACCUUACACUCUCGAAGACCGACAGCGAAGAAAUAUGGACGAUUCGCGGUGAACUCGUCAGUAUCGGUACAGCAAUGGGUCUGCAUCGGGAUCCCGAUAAGUGGCGCAUGUCGCGCGAAGUAGCAGAACGCCGCCGAUGGGCGUGGUGGCAUAUUCUUUUACUUGAACGUUGGCAAUGCUUUCUGUUCGGUCGACCACUUUCUAUCGCUUCGCAUCAUUUCGACACCCGAAUGCCGUCGCACGUUGAUACCAAAAUCGACAAGACCGGGAGACUAUUUCUUCCUAAUCUUGUCAUGUUUAAACUUGCGGAUAUUCUGGGCGAUAUCGUUGAUGAUGCGGUAUCGAUCCGGCCAGUACCAUACUCGCGCGUGCUCGAACGAGAUAAAGAGCUUGUUGCAUGGAUGGAAGAUCUGCCAAGAGAGCUUGAUCUGGACGAAUAUCGGCUCGCACGGUCUCUUGCCAGCCCCGAUCCGGCGGAUAUGCGCCUUGGCGUUCUCAGCGUAAUUAUUCGCACGAGCUAUUACCACAUUCGUUUUACUUUGCAUCGACCUUACGCCGCCGCUGCUCAUGAUCAUCCUUCACAACAACCUUCCACAUCAGGAUCGGCGAGCCAAGAGCACCAUGCACGAAUGGCGCAAUCGCUGGACACUGCUGCAGUUGCUGCGGACAAGCUCAUUCAGCUUGUUGCGCAGGCACGACCCGAAGUUCUCGGAAGCGGGAACAACGCAUCGCUCGCAGUGGCUGCUCAUGUCCAUUGGGGACCGUUUCAUUGCUUCUCGGCAGCGAUGUUCUUCUCAUUACAGCUCGUAGCGGAUCCGCAACAGCCGGGUGCAAGCUUGUUUAGAGCGAACAUCCGCCGCGUGCUCGACUUGUUAAGCAUGUCGCGAGGUGUACCUAUUGCGGAUAAAGCAAGUGAUAUGCUUCGAGCUCUCCGUCCACUGUAUGAUUCCAAUGCGGAGGACGAAUUCGGCGGUAAAGGUCGCUCGAAAGAGAAUGUUAUUGCCCUUGUCAAGAGCCUUGCAUUCCCGUAUCACGACUCGUUUGCUAGUCAUGGGCAUGGUACUCGUUCUCAACAUACGGACUCGCCGCGAAGCGCAGGUGCAAUGUCGCCGACAACGGUGCGCAUGAACCCUGUUGGCGCGUCGAGUGCGUCCUCUCCUGGAGGUACACUUAUUCCGAUGGUCUCGCCCUCUGUCCCACGCCCUCCCGGUCAUAGCGGUCUAACACCAGCACCUCCCUAUUCACGAAGUGCCUCACAAGCACAACUUUCGGAUAUCUUGGCACCAGCUCCCGGUGGCAACGCCACUGCCACUAAACCGACUGGCCUAGACUACGCUCCAUAUGGUCCGCAGAACGGACAGUCGACGACCUCGGGCGUACUACGUCCGACCCCGACUUUCCCGCUCCCUGCUUCUGGUGGUGGCGCGUUCAACGCAAAUCCUUCUGGUGCAGAUAAUGCAUCGAUGUGGGGUGCUUCAGUUGGAUUUGGACAGGGCGAGUGGUCCCGCUUCUUGGACGUUCUUGAGCGGACGGAGCCAACUGGGCUGAUGAACGCCUGAAGUAUUUUGUCUCAUUCCGUCCCGUCUCUGCGUGCUCGUCACAGGCUCACGCAUUCCCUACCAGCCCACGUUCUUG